GGGUGGCGCUCUAAAGCAGAAAAAACAUAAGAGGAGUCAGCUUUAUGUUAUGCUGUCUAAUGUGGUGAAGUGUUUAAUUUAUAUUUAAGAUAGAAUGGAUGUCGUUAUUUAUCUCGUAGCAGCGGCGAUUUUAGUUGUUCUGAUCAUUUUCGCCGUAAAGAUUCGUGGGCGCACCGUAGAAGUAGCUGACCGUGAGGACCAGCAGAAUGUCAUUGCACGGGUUGCUGCACCACCCCGUGUGGCAGAAGAUCGAGGAGUGGGAAUGCCACGCCGUCGCCGAGGCCUCGACAGGAUGAUGGCGCAGAGACGUGCACAGCGAGGCGCCGCUGAGAUCGAAAAUGUUGCUCUAGAGGUAAGCGAGGAUGAGAAUGAGGAGGAUGAACGACCCCAGGCUGAAGAGAGACCUCAGGCUACAGGGAAAGUGGGAGCUAAGAAGCAGAGAAAGCUGGAUGAAAAGCAAGCCAGGAGAGCACAGAGAGAGGUGGAGGUGGAAGAGCGAGAGGAAAGGAAGCGCAUACAAGAGCUGAGAGAGCAGGAGAGAAAGAAAGAAGAAGAGAAGGAGAGACUGCAGGAACUCAAAGAGGAGGAGGAGCAGCGACGUGCUAAAGAGGAACAGGAGAAGAAAGAGGAAGAGGAGUACCAAAAGCUUAAAGCAGCCUUCGUUGUUGAGGAGCAGGGAGAAGCAGAGGAGAAGACUGAGCAGGAGUCACAGAACCUUCUUCAGGAGUUUAUCCAGUAUGUGAAGGACUCCAAGGUGGUGCUUUUAGAGGACUUGGCAUCCCAUUUUGAAAUGCGUACUCAGGAUGCCAUCGCCAGACUGCAGGACCUGAUAGCGGACGGUUCAAUUACAGGAGUGAUCGAUGACAGGGGGAAGUUUAUCUUCAUCACUCCAGAGGAGAUGAACGCCGUGGCUCAGUUUAUCAAACAGCGAGGAAGAGUCUCCAUAUCUGAACUUGUGCAAGCCAGUAACAUGCUCAUCAAUCUCAAUCCUGCCGUUCAGACCACAUCCUGAACACACUCAUCCUUUACUGAUACACACAAUAACAUGAUCAGACAAGGUGCAGCAUUUCUGACUACAUCAGUACCAUCCUGAGGCAGCUGUAUUAUUUCUAUUUUUAAAUAAAAGUGGUCUGAAAUA